AUUGGAAAGUGUGGAAAUGUCGAACUGAUAAGCUGGGGUGGGAGGGACUGUGCAUUCUGUUACUGUACUGGGAGAGGAUUGUAUCCUUCCUGAGGCUCUGUGAUUUCUCCUUCCUCACUGGGUUCCACAGUGGUGAUCCAUAAAGAAGCUUUCAUGCUGCCAGCCAAUCAUGUCUGAUGUCCAGCCUGACCUUCCACCCCGGCGUGCACAGAAGCUUAUGCAGGCAUAGGGCUGUAAGAGGAUAGUGGCACUGCUGGCUACAGCUGAAAGAAAGGGAAGGAAACCGCUCCAUAUGCCUUUGCUGAGGAUUAGCAGAUUGGCUUACGGCUACAGAGAAAGCCUAUUAAGCUGCUUUGGGUCCUGCAUGUGCUUGGGAACUUCUUUUUAACUUAAUGUCUGAGGAACGGAUGUCGGGAUCUGCGUGCUGAAAAGUGCAAUUAAGAAGGUGAAAUAUUGUUGAAAGAAAGGAAGAAAGUUGGAGAAGAAGGGAAAAUACAUUGUUUCAAGGACGAGAGAAGAAAGAAAAACGGGGACUAUGGGGAGAAAAAAGAUUCAGAUUACGAGGAUAAUGGAUGAACGUAACCGACAGGUGACAUUUACAAAGAGAAAGUUUGGGUUAAUGAAGAAGGCUUACGAGCUGAGUGUUUUAUGUGACUGUGAGAUAGCGCUCAUCAUCUUCAACAGCACUAACAAACUGUUCCAGUACGCUAGCACAGACAUGGAUAAAGUUUUGCUGAAAUACACAGAAUACAACGAGCCUCAUGAAAGUCGAACAAAUUCAGAUAUUGUAGAGACUUUGAGAAAGAAAGGACUUAAUGGUUGUGACAGCCCAGAUCCCGAUGCAGACGAUUCAGUAGGUCACAGCCCUGAGUCUGAAGACAAAUACAGAAAGAUUAAUGAAGAUAUUGAUCUUAUGAUCAGCAGGCAAAGAUUGUGUGCCGUUCCUCCUCCAAAUUUUGAGAUGCCCGUUUCUAUCCCGGUGUCCAAUCCAAACAGUUUGGCAUACAGUAAUCCAGCUGUUUCACUGGGUAACCACAACCUUUUGCCACUCUCCCACCCAUCCCUGCAUAGAAACAGCAUGUCUCCCGGCGUGACGCAUCGACCACCAAGUGCAGGUAACACAGGUGGUCUAAUGGGUGGGGACCUCACAACCGGUGCAGGCACCAGUGCAGGUAAUGGUUAUGGCAAUCAUCGUAACUCACCAGGUCUGCUGGUCUCACCUGGUAACUUGAACAAAAAUAUGCAAACAAAAUCACCGCCGCCAAUGAACCUGGGGAUGAACAACCGCAAACCUGACCUCCGAGUUCUGAUUCCACCUGGCAGCAAGAACACGAUGCCCUCCGUGUCUGAGGAUGUGGAUCUGCUCUUGAAUCAAAGGAUAAAUAACUCACAGUCGGCACAGUCACUGGCUACCCCAGUGGUUCCUGUAGCCACCCCUACCCUACCAGGGCAAGGCAUGGGGGGAUAUCCAACUGCCAUUUCAACGACCUAUGGCACUGAAUACUCUUUAAGCAGUGCGGACCUAUCAUCACUAUCUGGGUUUAACACCAGUGCCCUCCAUCUUGGCUCAGUUACUGGCUGGCAGCAACAUCAUCUGCACAAUAUGCCUCAUUCAGCCCUCAGCCAGCUGGGAGCUUGCACUAGCACUCACUUAUCUCAGAGUUCAAAUCUCUCCCUGCCUUCUACUCAAAGCCUCCACAUCAAGUCAGAACCUGUUUCUCCUCCUAGAGACCGUACCACCACACCUUCGGGAUAUCCACAGCACACGCGCCACGAGGCGGGGAGAUCUCCUGUUGACAGCCUGAGCAGCUGCAGUAGUUCGUACGAUGGAAGCGACCGGGAAGAUCAUCGGAACGACUUCCACUCCCCCAUUGGACUCACCAGACCUUCGCCGGACGAAAGAGAAAGUCCCUCAGUCAAGCGCAUGCGGCUCUCUGAAGGAUGGGCAACAUGAUAGAAUCAUUAUAUAUAUUAGAUUUUUUUUUUUUUUUUUUGCAGUGUGUGUGUGCUAUACCUUAAUGGGCAAGGGCGGGAAGGGCGGGUCGAUAUACAUUAUAUGUGCCGUGUGUGCUGGGAAAAAAAAAAAGUCAGGUACUCCGUUUUGUAAAAGUACUUUUCAAUUGCCUCAGUGAUCCAGUGUAGGGUUAAUGAGAAGCGCUGAGAUAAUACGCUUAGCACUUGAGCCGUACAACAGAGAACUUGUACAGAAUAGAUUUGGAAGCUCACUUCUUUUUUCACUGUUGUGCUCCCUUUGCAAAAUGUAUGUUACAAUAGAUAGUGUUAUGUUGCAGGUUCAACGUUAUUUACAUGUAAAUAGACAAAGGAAACUUUUUGCCCGAAUGUGGCAGACCUUUACCGAGGAAGAAAGCAGCUGUUAUGCAACAUAUGGACAAAAAUGUACAGAAGUGUAGACAGACCCAGCGUUUGCUUGGUGGACAGUGAGACGUGAAAUGACUGGGCCACCCUCUAUAUGUAAUCCCCUCAAACGGACCAGCAGGCGAGGCAUGGCGCUUGUUAAAAGGAAAAAAUUUAUAAAUAAAGGCCAUCCUUAAUGCUGUGUUUGAGAGCUUACAUAUGUUAUCCUUCAGUUCUGGGUAUACAUCACUUAAUAUAUAGAAAUAUAAAUUAUGUACAUUACAUUUUGCUUAUUUUCAUAUGAAAAAAAGGUAAAAAAUGAAGUUUGCAAAGCAUUUGUGGCUUUUUGUAGGUUAAGCCAAAAUGUGGGUUUUUUUUCUUCCCUUGAUCGCUUCGCAAAUAUUUUACAGUCCUAAUGAGAAAAGACGAAAACAAAGGGGGUCUUUUUUUUUGUAAAAAAAAAAUGUAAAAAAAAAAGAAAGACAAACGACCGCCUGAAAACCAUGAAGAACUCCAUGCUUUUGCUAAAAAAAAAGUAACUGUUCUCUCUUUGUAGAAGUUUUGUUUUUGAAAUGUGUAUUUCUAAUUAUAUAAAAUAAUAUUAAGAAUCUUUUAAACAAAUCUGUGAAAUUAACAUGCUUGUGUAUAGCAUUCUAAUAUAUAAUAAACAUGGAACUAGCAUUUUUUUUGUUAUCUUAAUGACGGGGAGGGAAAUGUUCUGAUGGUGCCGUUGCACUACUUAGUAGCCGUUUUCAUGACUCUGCAUUGAUGUUGCAGGUCCAGAUUCAAUUUGGAAGAUUUGGAGUCACCUUAUGUUUGCACCCCCAGCUCCAUUGUACAUACCAGUUACAGUUGCUCUCAUGUAUUUUUUAGAUAAACAUCUGUCAGAAUGUAUCAUGCUUAAAUAAAGGAGUUCUGUUUCCCAACCAACCUCCGCAAUAUAGCAAGCAACCUCUAGUCAUUCGCUAGUCAACUGAGUCAAUCUACUCAUGUGUCCAAAUAUGCAGCUACAUCCAAGCAACUUUAGGACUAUGGCUAGUGGUUAUGAUGGGUUUUUUUUGUAGGGGACAGCUUAAAAAUAGCCAUACUUCAAGUUUACCUAGCAACAUGUUUCAGUAACACACACUAUAGUAAAGCAAGUUGUCAUGUUUAUGACCUAAGUAAGUUGAAUAACCGGCAGAAACUAGAUGGUAAGUGCAAUUUUAGCAAGGCCUAGGGUAGUGAAGAGUGUUGGAAGAGAAUGGGAUAGAGGUAGGUGGAGUGGCAGUCUCAGGUUCUACUACUGAGUUCAAUAAAAUGCUGUAAAGAGAUAAACGAUACACUUGUAAUUUGAUUUCAUAGAUAAAAAAAGCACAACUUUGUGAUGGGUCACUUUCUGUAAAGUAGAACUUUUUACCUUUCUGACAUGUACCUUGCCAAUUGUUUUGGCAAUGCUAGUUUUGGCUUUUAUGGCAAUUCCUUUGUAUUUAAGGAUUUGGGGCAGAGCCCUAGAGGGGUCUUAACAUAUAACAUAAACUUGUCCUAUAUAAAAAAAGGAAAAAAAACAGGCAGCAUAAGUUGUUGGCAAGAUGGAGGACUAUAGUGGCUUUUUCCCCCCUUUGUUUUUAACAACAAACCCACAACACAAAUACAGAAUCCUAUUGUCUGCAUUUCCACUUUUAACUUUAGCGUUAAUUUAUUUCAUUUUUUUAAGGAAAUCCUGCAAAGUAUAUUGAUUUACAUGAAAUGUGCCGUUUCAUUGUGAUAACAAAUAGAAUAACUGUAAUUUGCUUAUCACUUUUCCCGUAAGCUGCAAUAAUAAAAAACCCAUAAUCUCUCUUUAAAAAUAUGGCAGUCCUAAUAACUGUAUGUGUUUGUGUCUUAUCUUGCAUUUUAUUCCCCUUUUCUAACUUACAUAUAACAAUACUGAUGUAUUUUAUUCUCAACAUUGUGUUUCUUUCAGGAACUUAAAUUAUAUGUAUUUUUUUUUCUUAACAAGCCACUUGAAACUGAAUAAAGGCUGUUGCCUAAACACAGAGUA